CCCUGUGAGGGACGGGAUAGCUGUGGGACACCUGAGCCACGUUACACACCAGGAGACAUUUAAUUGUGAGUCUGUUUCUGUUGUUACUGAGCAACACGAGGACUCAUUGCUAAUUCAGCAGCUCCAUUCUUUUUGCACCUUACUUGAUAAAUCCCUUUCCAGGAAAGAAUUCCCUACUUAAGCCAUUGCCUUGCUCUUUGCAGUUGUUUUGUGCUGAUACACUGGAUGAUAACCUCUAGUUUUACUGUGGUUUGUUGGCUAGGACUUCAGAAACUUAGAGAAACAGGAGCAAGUGGAGUCUGUUAAACUUACUGCCACAUAAAGGGAGAUAGAGGAGAAUGACCACGGUGUCCCAUGGAGCUGAAAGACAGGCAACUGUCUUUAAGAAUUUCGCCAUGUCAGCUGAACCACUUCACAGGAUAGGUCACCAACAGUACCAAAACUUGUCAAAGAAGACGUGCAUGCCUCUUGUGAGAGGUCCUGAGAACAGACAUGACUUUGCCAGCUUCAAAGAGAAAGACAGCAAUUCCUUUCUUAAAUUCCAUCCACACUCCCCUCCAGUCGGGCCAAAUUACCCCUUAUUCCCACACCAAGAUGAUGUGCCUUUAGUAGAUCCCUGCUCAGGUUUUGUGAGUGCGGGAGGGGAUGCUGAUCUGCAGCCCCAUACUGGAAGAGCUAUUGAAUCCCUGGUGGACUACAUCGAUGUGAAACCUCAGCAGCGGGUUCCCGUUGCAGGAAAGGGGGCACAGACUGCCCACAGGAGGCACAUGAUCCUCCAGGAGGAAACCAGCCAGGACAGACAGUGGAACUCCAGGGCUGUGCCAGCUGCUUCGGUCAGGGCACGACUUGAAGGUUGGACAGCUCCAGUGAAAGUUUUUCCUGCUUUACCUGACCAAAACCAUAUUUUUGCAUUUUGUAUGGAUCCCAAUCUCAAGGAAUUAAAUGAUCCUUCUGUGAGCUGGAGAGAAGAAAAAGCAAGGAACUAUUUCUACAGGUCACGUACUCAAAAAGCAUAUGAAGAAGUUCCUUGGGAUAAUAUGUUACCAUCCAAAAUCCAGCUUCCGGAAUCAACUGUGGAAGUGAUGGCUGAUCCUGUUUCCCAGUGUUUCACAAAAAGGAGAUACAAUCCUGAAUCUGAAAUAAGCCAAGUUAUUGGAAACCUUUGGGACAGAUUUCAGACAAGAUCUUUUACCUCUCCACAGAAACCAGUUUGUCUUGUAAGCCGAAGCUCUCGAAUCUGUCAUAUCCCUUUGUAUAUUAGCUGUGUUGGUGCAGUACAUUUUGAAGACACUGACAAUGCCAACGUAGACUUAAUCAUGUUUAACUGUGUGUGAACUUCAAAGCCUUGCUACACAAGCACUGCACACACUCCAAAUAUCCCCGGAUACACUGGCAAGGUUCAUUGGUCAGCAACCCACCUUGCAAAUUCUAAUCUUCCAUCAACAUCCCCAUCAAUAAUUGCACAAAUGCAUGGGUACAUAGCAAAACAUGGAAGCUCAUCUCAGUAUAAUCACCAGGGACCUUUUUCACAAAUGAUGACUCCAGUUAGUCCUCAGAAUUCUUUCAACAAGACUCAGCAAGAAACUGUUAGAGUUUAAAAAGUGUCAGUCUUUUUUACCAGCCUAAGUGAGCCUUAGUGCCCGAUACUGAGGAGAAAGGAAAUGUGUGAAGAGGUGCGGAUACUUUAAAUACAGAACAAAAAUAAAAUAGCAAAGAAGUGUG